CCACAUUCCAUACAUAGGAAUUGUACUCCCUGGACUCAGGCAGUGCAGAGCUUGAAGGACUAUAUGAGUUGACCCUUCCCAGAAAUAAGCAGCUAAACAUUUACCAUUUUGGAAUUUAAAGUAUGUCAUCAUGGCAAAGUUUCGAAGAAGGACUUGCAUCAUUUUGUCACUUUUUAUUCUAUUUAUCUUCUCUCUGAUGAUGGGUUUAAAAAUGCUGAGACCAAACAAAGCUACUUUUGGAGAUCCUUUUGGACUUGACCUUCUUCCAGACCUUCAUCAACGAUCUCACUUGGGGAAAAGUCUUGAUUCCCAAAAGAGUGACAAAAUCAACAGUGAAACAAAUAUCAAGAAUUUAAAAAGUGUUGAAAGCACUGUAAAACCUUCCAAAGCCUCUGAACUUUACCUGGAAGAACUGCCACCUCUGAAUUAUUAUUUACAUGUAUUUUAUUACAGUUGGUAUGGAAAUCCACAAUUUGAUGGUAAAUAUGUACAUUGGAACCAUGCAAUCCUGAAGCAUUGGGACCCUAGAAUAACCAAGAAUUAUCCACAAGGGAGACACAACCCCCCAGAUGACAUUGGCGCCAGCUUUUAUCCUGAGUUGGGAAGUUACAGCUCUCGAGACCCUUCUGUCAUCGAAACUCACAUGAAACAAAUGUAUUCGGCUUCAAUUGGUGUACUAGCCCUGUCUUGGUACCCACCUGAUUCAAAUGAUGAGAAUGGAGAACCUACUGAUGACUUGGUACCAACUAUUUUGGAUAAAGCUCAUAAAUAUAAUCUGAAGGUCACUUUUCACAUCGAACCAUAUAGCAAUCGAGAUGAACAAAACAUGUACAGAAAUGUCAAAUAUAUUAUAGACAAAUAUGGAAACCAUCCAGCCUUUUACAGGUACAAGACUAAGGCUGGCAAUGCACUUCCUAUGUUUUAUGUCUAUGAUUCCUAUAUCACAAAGCCUGAAAAAUGGGCCAACCUGUUAACCGUCUCAGGGUCUCAGAGCAUUCGCAAUUCUCCUUACGAUGGAUUGUUUAUUGCACUUCUUGUGGACAACAAACAUAGAUAUGAUAUUCUUCGGGGUGGUUUUGAUGGAAUUUAUACAUAUUUUGCCACAAAUGGCUUUACUUAUGGCUCAUCAUAUGAGAAUUGGGCAGCGCUAAAAUUCUUUUGUGAUCAGUUCAACCUAAUGUUUAUCCCAAGUGUGGGCCCAGGAUACAUAGAUACCAGCAUCCGUCCAUGGAACACCCAGAACACUCGGAACCGAAUCAAUGGGAAGUACUAUGAAACCGCCAUGAAUGCUGCUCUCCAAACCCAACCCAGUGUAAUCUCUAUCACCUCUUUUAAUGAGUGGCAUGAAGGAACUCAGAUUGAGAAAGCUGUUCCCAAAAGAACCAGUAAUACAGUGUACCUGGAUUACCGGCCUCAUAAACCAAGUCUUUAUCUAGAUCUAACUCGCAAGUGGUCUGAAAAAUACAGUAAGGAAAGAGCAAUUUAUGCCUUAGAUCACCAGCUGCCUGUUUCUUAGUGCAUUAAUUACAGUUUAAUCAUAAAAAUACCUAAUUUCAAUAAAUGCCUUUUGUUUUGAGUUAUGGAAAGAAAACUGUCAAAAUCAGUAUGCCCUGUUCCUAUUAUCUUUAGUAAUAAUAAUUUGUUUAAAGAUAAUAGUAUUAUCAUCGCCACCCUUCACAAUGCUGCACUGAGAAAAUAUCUGAGGGAACAGUUGUGCAGAUAACAUUCCCUGUGGCAUGAUUUGCUUAAUUUCUGACUGAAAUUGAAAUCCUGCUUUGAUAGCAAUUUAAUUUUUGUUUCACGAUAGAUAAAUGCUUGUGUCAGAGAAAGCAGCUAGCACAGAGUUAAAUCCUACUUGUAUUCUGGGCCCAAAGAAAUAGGAUUGUGUGUAUAUUUGGUAUGUCUAUUGAAGAAAAAGACUUAAAAGAUACUGUACAUGUUUUGUUUCUAAUUUUUUUCAAUGAUUCAAUCAACUUUAUUGUAUUAGUGUUCAGACUCUGGAUAACUCUCCAAUAAUAAUUCUUACAAUCAUAUACCUUAAGCUGUGAACCAUGUUGUGUUAGGAAGGCCUGCUUUCUGUAUUACAAUAUGUAUCAUCAUUUGCAGAUUUUGGGUUACCUAUAGCAUGUGAGGUGUUUUGCAUGUCUAGUGUUUCUGCUUUAUAUGCUGAAUUCCAGGUUUUAGAAGCUAUGGUAAGUUUUCUCAUAAAAGUUAACUGUUGCUUCUCAAUUAUUAAGAAAACAUAAUUGUUUCAUAAUUAUUAUGAAGAUAAAAUGCCCAAAAUGUUAUCAUUUUUAUGCUACCUUAUCAGUCUUUACCUU